UUGGUCACACACUCGUUGUUUUCUCGUGCUAGUGUGAGAUACAGUUGUCUUUUCCAUAAAAUUCAAUUACCAAGGUGUAAAAAAUAGUUUAAAUUCAAUUUGUUUUUUGCUUGCAAGGCAUCAGUUUAAUAAAAAUAUAAUAAUAAAUAAAUAAGAAGAAGAACGCUAUCCAAUUGAAAUGGUUGGUUCAAGAGUAUAUGUUGGUGGAUUACCGUAUGGCGUCCGAGAACGUGACUUGGAACGAUUUUUCAAAGGUUAUGGACGAACCCGUGACAUUUUAAUUAAAAAUGGAUAUGGUUUUGUGGAAUUCGAAGAUUAUCGUGACGCAGACGAUGCCGUUUAUGAAUUGAAUGGAAAAGAAUUACUGGGAGAAAGGGUGGUUGUUGAGCCGGCUCGUGGCCAAGCCAGGGGAAGUCACAGAGAUAGGUACAAUGAUAGCGAUCGUUAUAGCAGCCGUCGUGGUGGAGGUCGUUACAAUAACGAUAAAUCAAAAAAUUCCAGGAGUUCAUCACGUUAUGGUCCACCAUUGCGCACGGAAUACCGUUUAAUUGUGGAGAAUUUGUCAAGCCGCGUUAGCUGGCAGGAUCUUAAAGAUUACAUGCGUCAAGCUGGUGAAGUUACGUAUGCUGAUGCACACAAACAACGUCGUAACGAAGGUGUCGUUGAAUUCGCAUCUUUGUCAGAUAUGAAAACCGCCAUCGAGAAACUCGAUGACACUGAAUUAAAUGGUCGUCGAGUUCGUUUGGUUGAAGAUCGUCGUGGAGGACGUGGCGGUCGUGGAGGAAGAUCUCGUUCAUCAAGCCGAUCAAGCCGCAGCCGUAGCCGUUCACGAUCUCGUCGUCGCCGAUCAUCAAGCCGCUCACGUAGUCCUCGCAGCCGAAGCAAGUCUCGUGGUGGACGCUCCAAAUCAAAAUCACCAAAGAGUCGCAGCCGCUCAAAGUCAAACAACCGUGAUUUGUCCAAAUCGAAAUCAAAGAGCCGCAGCCGUAGCCGUAGCCGUGACUCACGCUCCCGUUCCAAGUCACACAAGCGUGGUGAUUCCCGCGACUCGCGCGAUCGUUCAUUGUCGAAGGGUUCUAAAGACAGACACCAUUCCAGAUCAAGCUCGCCGAAAAACAACGGAGGUUCAGGUGGAUCACCAGACAGAAACGAAAGCAUGGAUGAUUAAUCUGACGCUGCUACGUUAUGUAACAACAAUAACACAUUUUUUUAGAUAUAAGAAUUAAGUAUGUGUAAACCAUAUAAUAACAUCCAUCAAAUAACAAUAACCCACAUUAUGAUAUGAAUAACAAGAAGAAAAAAAAAACAAUUUAUAAAAACAAUACAACAAACUAAUAGGGACACAGAAACGGGUUAAAUGAAGCGAAUAUUUGUUGCAUCGAAAUACAUUUCGAUGUCCAUGUAUUUUUUUUUCUUUCAUCAAAAACUUCAUUUGAAUGAAAACAAUUUAAAAUCUGUUCUGUGAAUAAUGAAUUGAUUUAGCUGACGGAUAUGAGA